AUGCUGCCCACCGGCAGGAGCAGGCCUCAGCCCAGGCCCGCGCCCAGAUCUUGGUCCUUCUCAGACAUGGACUUCUCUGAUCCGAAGCGCAACUCCAGGUACCUCAGCAAGAUCAUCAUGGUCGCGCUCCUCACGGCCAUGUGCGUCGUCAUGCUCACCCAGCCGCCCUGCCAUAGGAAGGCUCCCAGCGUGUUCUCCAUCCAUGAACUCGGAGUAACACAUGUGUUGGUGACGGGUGGCGCUGGCUACAUAGGAUCGCAUGCGGCUCUUCGAUUGCUCAAAGACUCCUUCAGAGUCACCAUUGUGGAUAAUCUCUCAAGAGGAAAUAUCGGGGCGGUCAAGGUUCUUCAGAACUUGUUUCCUGAUCCUGGGCGAUUGCAAUUCAUACAUGCUGAUUUAGGCGAUCCAAAAGCUGUCAACAGAAUAUUCGCAGAGAAUGCAUUUGAUGCCGUCAUGCACUUCGCUGCUGUCGCGUAUGUGGGAGAGAGCACGCUUGAGCCUCUGAGGUACUAUCAUAACAUCACUGCAAACACUUUGGUUGUGCUAGAAGCCAUGGCGACGCACAAUGUUAAAACCCUGAUCUACUCUAGCACAUGUGCCACCUACGGGGAACCCGAGAAGAUGCCUAUCACUGAAGAAACUCCCCAGUUUCCUAUAAACCCAUAUGGCAAGGCCAAGAAAAUGGCAGAGGAUAUCAUUUUGGACUUCUCCAAGUCGAGGAAAUCAGACAUGUCGGUGAUGAUCCUGAGAUACUUCAACGUCAUCGGUUCUGACCCAGAAGGAAGGCUGGGUGAGGCUCCACCACCCGAAUUGCGUGAGCAUGGCCGUAUAUCCGGUGCGUGCUUCGACGCGGCACUAGGAAUAAUCCCAGGCUUGAAGGUCAAAGGUACCGACUACGAAACGGCCGACGGGACUUGCGUAAGAGAUUACAUCGAUGUCACCGACCUGGUGGAUGCCCACGUGAAAGCGCUCAACAAGGCAGAGAGAGGCAAAGUUGGCAUAUACAAUGUUGGCACCGGAAGAGGUAGGUCGGUGAAGGAGUUUGUGGAGGCUUGCAAGAAGGCGACCGGAGUCGACAUCAAGGUCGACUACUUCCCUCGCCGCCCCGGUGACUAUGCCGAAGUGUACAGCAACCCCGCAAGGAUCAACCGCGAGCUAAACUGGACAGCCCAGCACACCGAACUCCAGGAGAGCCUCAGGGUCGCGUGGACAUGGCAGAAGAAGCACCGGAGUGGCUAUGCAGACUCGGGUCGAUAUAUUUUUUGA